AUGGCUGCCGUAGGGGCUGAACCAACAGCAGCGACAUCGCGCAUCAUUGUGAAAAACAUCCCUCAGUAUUACGCAGAGGACAAGCUUCGUGAAUUUGUCCAAAACAGGGUUGGCGCUCGCGUGACGGAUGUUCGGAUUCCGAAAGACAAGAACGGAACUUCCCGGAAGUUCGCGUUUGUUGGAUUUGUUGAUGCGAAAAAUGCGAGUAGUGCAAUAAAAACUCUCCAGAAUACUUUUUUGGACACUUGCAAGCUCAACGUGUCCCAUGCAUUCGCCCCUGGUUCUUCAUCCAUACCCCGCCCCUGGAGUCGUCAUGCUGAGGGGAGUUCGGCGUUUAUUCGCAGUAGAGAGAAGUCAGAACAAAACAAGGAAACAAGAAAGGAAAAAAAAGAGGGAAAAAAAGCUGCUACGAGGAGCCGCGAGGUGGCAGAGGAUCCCCAGAAAUUAGAGUUUCUUCUCGUUGCUUCAAAAAGGCGAGGGAUGGCAACGUGGAAGGACGACUUUCAGCCUGCUGCAAAGAAAAUCAAGUCAAUUGUAAUAGAGGAAGUGAAGCCAACGAAGGCGGGCGUGUCGAGUAGUAGGCAGCACGUUGAGUUUGCUGAUAGCGAAGACGAUGAGAAUGACGACGAAGUUGAGGAAGACGUGUUGAAGGAGGAAGAAAUUUCUAGUGGAGCAACAUCUGUAUUAGAUGGAUUGAUGCGUGAAGAUGAAGAGAGCAGCGGAACAGAAGAUAUUGCGAGUCCUACCCAACAGGAAAGUUCUGCUGUGAAGGAUGACGAUCCACUUGCAUGGCUGAAAGAACAAUCAGCAUCGAAACCAAAUGAAGAUGUUGAAAUGUCUAGCGUUGAAAAACCAAGUGAUGAAGCGUCAAUGGAGACUCUAGGUGAUGUAGGAAGAUUGAUGCUCUUGAAUUUGCCAUAUUCGAUGACGAAGGAUGAAUUAAAAGAGUGCUUGAGUUCUUAUGGAGAACUGUCAGAGAUCCAUCUUUGCCGUGAUGAGGACGGUUUGCAGAACAAAGGAAGGGCAUUCGUGACUUUUACUUUCCCAGAGCAUGCAGUGAAAGCUUUGCCCAAGAUCCAUCAUUCAAUUAUUCAAGGAAGAGUCGUCCGCGCGUUUCCUGCGCAGCCCAAAAAAGAACCACUUGUUGUAGAAAAAGUUGCCGGUGGGAAGAAGAAGGCGUCAAGCUCAUACAAGCGCCAGCUGGAAGAAAAGCUGAAGCAGAGGGCUGAAGAUGUCAAAACUUGGAAUCUACUUUACGUCUCAGCGAAUGCAGCAACUGAUGCAAUUGCUGAACAAAUGGGAUUAGAGAAGCGAGACAUUCUUGGUGCUGGAUUAGACAGCGCUUUGGAUGAUCGGAAUGAUAGCGUUGCUGCUAGAGUAGCGCUGGGCGAAACUCAGUUGAUACAGCAAACGAAGCAGUGGCUGAAAAAAGAAGGAAUUAAUAUUUCUGCAUUUGAAAGAAAAGUUCGCUAUUGCUUAGCGCCAUCUGGAACCGUGGCCGUUGUGCAGUUCAUGGAAGCCGAUCAUGCUAGAAGUGCCUUCAAAAGAACAGCAUAUUCGCGUUUCAAAAAUGUUCCACUUUUUGUGGAGUGGGCCCCACUCGACAUCUUCAACUCACCAAAGCCGACUACUGCAGUCUCUCUUGCAGCUCAAUCUAACGUUGUAGACAAAGAAGAAGAGAGUGAAAAAUUGAAGCGUCUGUUAGAUGAGGAAGACGCUCGAAAAAUUAAACACGUCUCCCUCUUCAUCAAGAAUCUCAGUUUUGAAACCACUGAAGAGCAACUUGCCGAAGCAUUCAGCGAAGCCAAAGGGUUUGUUCGGGCAACUAUUGCUAAGAAGAAGUCGGUUAAUGCUGCAGGCGGCUCUGUUUCUCUGUCCAUGGGGUGA